CGUCUAGGUAACGCGUAUAUAUGAAAAGCUCGGGAAUUCGCUUCUGCUAUUGGCUUUCCUCUUCAGUAUUUUGGAUUGGUUUUAUGACUCUGUUUCACUAUUCACUCUAAGUAUCUGUCAAGGAAACACAUCUUGUACGACGGAGUAGUUGUUGGAGGAACUACAUGCCCAAAAAAAGAAAAGGAAAGUGUGCUAGUGAGUAGCUUGAAAAGCCACAGCCACUAAAAUGGCAACAGCUGGGCCUGGAAGUGACAGCCGAAGCGAGAGCAGCAACAAUGCCUCAGGUGGAUCAGACAAAGGUGGAGAAGAUUCAACAGACAAUUCCAAUUUUGAGUGUAACAUUUGCCUCGACACAGCAAAGGAUGCCGUCAUUUCCAUGUGUGGCCAUCUAUUCUGCUGGCCAUGUUUACACCAGUGGCUUGAGACCAGGCCAAACAACCAGACAUGUCCAGUUUGCAAGGCGGCGAUCUCACGUGAGAAGGUAAUCCCCUUGUAUGGCAGAGGCUCAGGAAACCAACAGGACCCCAGAGACAAGCUCCCCCCUCGCCCUCCUGGUCAGAGAACAGAACCGGAGCCACAGAAUGGGUACAUGCCUGGCUUUGGUUUUGGCGAAGGAGGGGGAUUCCAGUUCCAUUUUGGGAUAGGUGCUUUUCCCUUCGGCAUUUUCACAACAUUCAACAACUGGGGCGGAGGUGCAGUUCCACCAGAAAUGGAGAGGGAUUUGCCGCAGCUUCUACGAUAUAUUUUGCUCAUUAUGGCCUUCUUCUUCUAUUGGAAUCUCUUCUUUGGCUGACCAGGAAGCUCCCGGAACUCAGCAGUACCAGGAGGAGCGGUUUCUCUCUCAAGUGUUGAUGGCCAUGGCUCUGCUCUUCCUAUUCUGGCUUAUCCUUGUCUAAGGUAUAUCUUGUGAACUUCUUUGGCAUUCAAUCUCCCCGCCUUCCCCAGUUUUACCUUAAUCCAAAUAGCAUCUGGAGUUGUGUGAUUAUGACAGAUCUUUGUAUAUUUCUUCGACUUGAAGGGGUGGCAGAUGUGUCAGUGGUUCUCAACACAUUAUGACCCAGAAGUGAAGUAAACUUGGGGCAAUUGUGUAAAGGGAAUUCUUCCAAAAUGAUGCAGAAGUUAAUGAGCUUGUUUGAAUCUGAAAGUGCAUUGUGCUCUGAUCAUUGUAACAGUUAUGGCCACAAAGUAAUCACCAUUAGUGUCAGUGCCUAAAUAAUCAAAUUGCUCUGGUUUGAGUGCAUGUGUCUUUGUGUGCUUGUUUGUUUGUCAGUUUUUUUUUUUUGUUUUUUUUUUUGUGUGUGUGUGUGUGUGUGUUUGUGUGUGUGUUUGUGUGUGUGUGUGUGUGUGUGUGUGUGUGUGUGUGUGUGUGUGUGUGUGUGUGUGUGUGUGUGUGUGUGUGUGUGUGUGUGUGUGUGUGAGAGAGAGAGAAGUAGUUGCAGCUGCAAUGGAUGUCCAUAAAACAGGUGUUUGUGUGUGUGCGUGCGUGCGUGCGUGCGUGCGUGCGUGCAUGCGUGCUUAUGCAUUUACUGUAUCUGUUUGCAAGUGUCUGAGUAUAACGACAAUUCAUGUAAAGGAAGUGGCCAGUCAAGAAUAUUUAGUCUUGGAUUUUGCUCUUUUUAAGUACUCAGGGAAUAAUGAAAAUUCACUUGCUUAUUUCAUCAUCUAAAUACAGCAAAGUAUGUUGAGGAUUUCACAGUUACGGUGUGAGAUAGACUCUAUUUGAAGAAGAAUUAGGCAUUGGUACUAUAGGAUAUCAGAGACAAAGAGCAAGAGAGAGUGAGAGAGAGACUUUCAGAGCUUUUCAUAGGUAUUCAUAUCAAGAAUUAAUUAUUAAGGAAUAUCUUUUAAGUAUGAUGAAUGUAAACACUGCAGUUUCCUUCUUUGGUAAGAUUUUGGAUGAUACCUUCAUGGACAUUCAACUGAUAUUGGAGAAAGUAUGCCAAAUGUAAUCUUUUGUAUGUACUUUUAUAAGUGUUUAGUCCUGAAACUGCAGAUCACAUGUAUUCUUAACAGAGCUGGAAACUACAGUCAACAUAUGUAGUUUCUGUUAGAGAAUCUAUGUUUAUAUAUGGGGACCUGUACAUCUUGGGAGAUAUUUUUGUGUGCCAUUAACAGACAUUAGUUUCUCAUUAAAAAUUAACCAUUAAUACAGAAGUAUGGUGUUUGCAAAGAUUGUUCAAAUCCUUCUUCUUUUGUUUUACUUUUUUAAAGGAUUAAAUUCAUUAUUUACUGUGGUAGUCUGUAGUUACUUUUUAAUGUCAUCAAUUGUUUGGAUACAGUUUUUAUUUGUAAUAAUUACUUUGGUCCAAUAUUAUUCAAACAAACACUGUAUUUUAGAUGAGAUAGAUAGGUACAUGAAAACAGAAAAGAACAUGUACCAUUUAGAACACCUUUGCUCAUCUACAAAAUUGUCCCUAGAGUACUUGUGUAAAUUUAUGAAGUACCUUUACUGAAUUCUGAGUGCAUUUCAGAAUUGACACCAUGCUUUGGUUCAUGCAUUACCCUGUAUUCUGCCAUGAUCCAAGCUAUCUGAGAGUUACAAUGGUCCACUAAUGUGACAAUGUGCCAAGUUGCAAAAGUGCAGCAAGUCACGUAUACCCUCCCUGUUAUCAAGAAAUUGAAUUCAAAAUGAGGCAGUAGCUAGUUAUGAAAUAUAUAUUUUUUUUUUUUUUUUUUUUUUUUUUUUUCAUAUUUAUUCCCUUGACAUUGUUCCCUUACUACAGAGACAUUCCACCUCCGAUUUGGUUCAAUCUUGUCAGUCACCUUUAGCCUUGCAUACUGCAUACACAUGUUCACGCAUACACACAGAAAUACACGUAUUCUCUCAUCUACAGCACACUUACCCUUUUACUCGUACCCACAUACCCACACCUAUGCCAAUGCCUAUACCUACUCCCCUGUACACUAACACCCCACACAUCUCUUAAACUUACCUUACACCCCCACACCUCCAUCACCCCACACCUCCAUCACCCCACACCUCCAUCAACCCACACCUCCAUCAACCCACACCUCCAUCACCCCACACCUCCAUCACCUCUCACCUACAUCCCAUACCUAAUCCCCCAUAUUUAUAUCCCCCCACAUACACCCUUCUCUACACUCCCUCACAAACACUCACACUAUCACAUACACAGACUGUGUGGAGUUUAACCUCUUAUAGCUGGAUACGCCUGUAACCAUCAUGAAAAACCAACUCAUCAUGAUGCACAGCUAUAAGCACGACGACUUGUUAAAGCAAGUCAAGCGGGAAGUUCCACUAUACUCAGUGAACUCCCUGGCCAAAAGGCUAGAUGGUUGCCAGAAUGAGUGACACAAAUUUCUGGCACCAUCAUUGUAGGGUUAACUAUGGGCAUUUAUGGCUUGUAAUUUUACAUCGUGCAUAAAGCUGUAUUUUACGCAGAUGUAUAACAGUGUAUUUGCUCGUGCGAAAUGUUUAUAUAGGUGUGAAUGUGUGUGUUUGCAAGAAUAAAUAUAUGGUGCAGUGCAGUACUCUCUUGCUACGAUGUAAAUUUGAGAUCCCCGUGUUCUUCUCUCCUAAUUCCCUUUCUUUAUUUUCUAUGUCUCUCUAUUUUUUUCCAGUUCAUAUAACCUGUCUGGAUGCUCAAAAGAUUAAGAGUCUCUAACAGGAAGCAGUUUUUCUCUUAUUACAUUUAUCUCAGUUUGGGCUGAGCUUAUUUUCUUUAGUUUGUGUGCAUAACACAUAUUUCUUUUUCUGGACUUCAUUUCGUGUGCUUUUUCAUGGAUUGUCAGAAUAGUAAAUGUAUAUACAAAUAAAAACAAUAGAAAAAAAUUAUAAAAUAAAAAUUAUAUAUAUAUUUGAAAUUGGACUUAUUCAUAUGAAGUGCUUGAAGUACCCCAUAUGUGAUUGAUUUAUUUUGAAGUAUGUUAUGUAUUUUCACCCAGGCAAUUUUUAUAACCUCUGACAUGUAAUUAAUACAGCCAGUUUCAUGUCUUUAGGCUGUGAUAUGUUAAGUUCUGUAUCUUGAAAUAGGCUCAUUGUGUUCUUUUGGAGCAACAUACUUUAAUAAAUUUUAAAGAUUCAAA